CUAUUUUGGUUGGCGUGUAAUUGUGUUGACAUUCGACACGCAUUUUUUUCAAUCUCCAAUCCGGAUGUGUCACAAUGAUGUGUGAUGAUGUGACAUUCCUGUGACGCUAACUCAUCGGAUACCAGUCAUUGUCAAACCUGUUGACAUUCCGACACUGACCCGGUCGCAAUGAAGGUCGUCGUCUUCACUCUCCUAUGCGCGUGCACGUGGGUUGCGCCAUCGACCCAACAACUCGAGAACUCGGAAAUCAGCUUGACAGUGCUUGGCGGCGGUCGUCAUCCCGCCGGACGCAAUCUUCUGCUGCGGUGUGACUAUUCAAACGGGUCGGCUAUUCCAGUGGGCGUCGCCGUGUCGUGGGAGAAAGACGGUGCGUUGCUCAACUCCACCCUACUCGGAAACAGAGUGAAAUUCAUUAGAAGACAGUUGGCUAGUCGAGCGAUGAUUAUUAUGGACUCGGUCGUGAACGACUCGGGGAGAUACCGAUGCGUUGUAGGUGGACAACCAAGUCGUGAAGUGGAGAUUACUGUUGUGUUUAUUCCUGAACCUUAUGUCAAUCUGUUGAAGAAGAAUUUCUUGUGUUAUGAGGGAGACACUUUGCAUAUCCCACUAGCUACAAAGAACAUACUAGGCUUUCGAUUACUAUUCAAGGAAGAGGACGUUGGCCAUCUGCGAUACAAACACGAUUCAGAGAAUGCAACUCUGACUAUUUAUUCAAUACAACCGUCCGACAGUGGAGUGUGGAAAGUCUACGGUGGCAAUGCAGUGGGAUUUCGAAUAGUCACAUUCAACAUAACAGUCAUAGGUAACACAACGUCGAGUGUAUCCCAAGCAGCAACGAGUGUGUCUCCAACGAGUGCACCUUCAGUCAAUGUGCAUGUAAGUUUGUCUGAUGGGACGAAUGUUGGUCUCAUUGUUGGAGCGACCGUAGGCGUUUCAAUGGGUGUGCUUCUCAUCAUGAUGGUACUCGUUAUUGUGUGGCAUCGGAGUGGUAGAGCGUGUGGCAGCUACACGUUGCCCAAUGACAAUAAAAUGGAUUCGAUUACUCUAAAGGAAACUGACACGUGAUUCAUUCGUAUAUACUAGAUUUACUAUUAUAAUAAAAAGAAUAAAGCCUCUAUACACA